AUGAGUCUCAGUGUUCUCCGACGCGCCUUGCCGAAGGCAAGUGCCUCCGUCCGUCCACUUUCUGUAUCUGCUGCUCGAUACAACUCAGACUUUCCCGAGCCAAUCAUCCGACCCACGCCCAAGUACACGAAGCUUUUCAUCGACAACGAAUGGGUCGAUGCCGUUUCUGGCAAGACCUUCGGCACUUACGAUCCAACCAAUGGCAAGAAAAUCUGCGACGUCGCCGAAGGAGCAGAAGCCGAUGUGGACCUUGCAGUUCAAGCCGCCACUCGUGCUUUCGCUCAGAAAUCCGAAUGGAGACAAAUGGAUCCAACCAAACGAGGCCUUCUCUUGAACAAACUUGCCGAUCUCAUGGAAGAGCACCGUGUCGAGCUCGCCUCCCUUGAAACGUAUGACAAUGGCAAGCCUUACAUGAUGUCCUACGCUGCCGAUUUAGAGCUUUCGAUCAAGUGCUACCGAUACUACGCUGGCUGGGCGGACAAGCACCACGGAAAGACCAUCCCAAUUGAUGGCGAUUUCUUCUCGAUGACUCUCCACGAGCCUGUUGGUGUUGUCGGCCAAAUUAUUCCAUGGAACUUUCCUCUCCUCAUGCAGGCAUGGAAACUUGGCCCCGCUCUUGCUCUUGGAAACACUGUCGUCAUGAAGCCAGCAGAACAGACUCCUUUGACUGCUCUCUACGUUUGUGAGCUCAUCAAGCAAGCUGGAUUCCCCAAGGGCGUCGUCAACCUCGUUCCCGGGUUCGGUCCAACUGCUGGUGCCGCCAUCUCCUCGCACAAAGGCAUCGAUAAGGUUGCCUUCACAGGCUCCGGUGAAGUUGGUAAAAUCGUCAUGCGCGACGCUGCUAUGUCUAACAUGAAAACAGUCACACUCGAACUCGGUGGAAAGUCGCCAAACAUCAUCCUCAACGAUGCUGACCUUGACUACGCUGUUGAGCAAGCCCACUUCGCCCUUUUCUUUAAUAUGGGUCAGUGCUGCUGCGCUGGAAGCCGAACCUACGUUCAGGAAGAUAUUUACGAUGAAUUUGUCAAGCGAUCAGUUGAGCGAGCUAAACAACGAAGCGUUGGUGAUCCAUGGAGUUUGAGCAAUGAGCAAGGCCCUCAAGUUGACGAAGAUCAGUACAACAAAAUUCUUUCUCUCAUCGAAACUGGAAAGAAAGAGGGAGCCAAACUUGAGUGUGGCGGCGCUGCCGACGGAAGCGAGGGCUACUUCAUCAAACCAACCAUCUUCUCAGACGUUGACGACAACAUGACCAUUGCCCGAGAAGAAAUCUUCGGCCCUGUCAUGCAGAUCAUGAAAUUCAAAACUCUCGAUGAGGUUAUUGAGCGAGGUAAUGACUCUGACUUCGGUCUUGCUGCUGCUGUCUACACUAAAGAUCUCGAAAACGCCAUGUAUAUUGCCAAGAAUUUGCGAGCUGGAAGCAUGUGGAUCAACUGCUACGACGUUUUCAGCUCUGGAUCACCAUUUGGUGGAUUCAAGCAAUCCGGAAUUGGCCGAGAGCUUGGCGAGUAUGCCCUCUCAAACUACACUGAAGUCAAAACAAUCACAAUGAAGCUUCCUCAAUACGCCAAAUAA